CUCCUCCUCCUCCUCCUCCUCCUCCUCCUCCUCCUCCUCCUCCUGAGUCUCCUCGUACAGAAGCAACCAUGAGUCUCCUUCAACGAAUUCGGCUAGAGUCCUUCAAGGUGCUCUCAUGUCAAGGAUCUGCUUCAUGCAGGAGAGUCCCAGCUCCAGCAUUACGCGCCUCAUGUGCCAAUCGUUCGCGGUUCCUGUCGACCACCACCUCAACCUCUGGAUCUUUCAUUCACCUUCCCACGCGCGGUCUCCUGGAGAUUCGUGGAAAGGACGCCUCCAAAUUCCUUCAGGGUCUGAUCACCAACCAUAUGCCUCGUAUUGAGAAUGGCGGUAGUGGGUUCCUUGCUGCGUUUCUUAGUCCCAAGGGAAGGGUCAUGUACGAUGUCUUUAUUCACCCAACAAACAGCACUACGGAGGGUGCCGAUCCGGCGUUCCUGAUCGAGUGCGAUGCUAGGGCUCUUCCGGAACUCCAUAAACACAUUGCGCGAUUCGUAUUGCGAUCCAAGGUCAAGAUGGUUGGCGUAACAGAGUCCUUUGACGUAUAUUCAGUGCUGGAUGGCAAUGAAGCUGGUACCAGUGAUACCUCUGUCCCGGAUAACGUCGCGGUCAUGGAGCGACUUGGCAAGAUGAAUGCCACAAUUGGCAUGCUUGACAACAGGGCAAGCAACAGAAUGGGAUACCGAGUGGUGAUUCCCAAAGGGCAAUCCUUAUCGCUCCCGGGGGACUAUAGACAAGGGACAUUAGAGGAAUACCAUGUGCGCAGGAUCAUCAAUGGAGUACCAGAAGGAGUUGACGACUUUAUUGCGGGAACCAGUCUACCCUUGGAAUGCGAUCUCGACUACAUGAACGGAGUUGACUUUAGGAAGGGAUGCUACGUUGGUCAGGAACUGACGAUCCGCACGUACCAUAAAGGCAUCAUCAGAAAGAGAGUUAUGCCCGUACAGUACUACAAGCCCGAGGAUCCUGAGCCUGAGGUGGUCCAGUUUAACAAGAGCGCAUCCCACGUAAUCCCUCCGCAAUCAGAGCUGUUUCCUGUCAAAAGCGAGAAAGCGUCGCAGCCUGCUGCGUCGUCGUCUUCAGCAAGGCCCGUCAGGGCAUCGGGCAAGACUGGAUCGAACGUUGGCAACAUUGGUCUGGCGCUGGUCAAGCUGGAUGAUGUGGCGAACGGAAGCACGUUCAAUGUGAUGGAUCGUGAAGGGACGAAUGUCCAUGUAAAGGCAUUCUUCCCGACAUGGUGGCCCCAGCAGCCGAUCUCUGAGGAAAGUGCAGGCGACUCCUAGGAAUAGAACGAGAGAAUACAAUAAACCAUGUACCCAUGCACGAUCUCAUGCAACGCGCUUCGAAAAGAAUUAAAGACAGUGCCGUCACG